AUGUGUGUGCGUGCCAUAUGUGAGCAUGCAAUAAGUGAUUGUGCCAUGUGUGAGCGUGACAUAUGUGAGCAUGCCAUGUGUGAGCGUGCCAUAUGUGAGCGUGCAAUAAGUGAGCAUGCCAUGUGUGAGCGUGCCAUGUGUGAGCGUGCAAUAAGUGAGCAUGCCAUGUGUGUGCGUGCCAUAUGUGAGCGUGCAAUAAGUGAGAGUGCUAUGUGUGAGCGUGACAUAUGUGAGCGUGCAAUAAGUGAGCAUGCCAUGUGUGAGCGUGCCAUGUGUGUGCGUGCCAUAUGUGAGUGUGCAAUAAGUGAGCAUGCCAUGUGUGAGCGUGACAUAUGUGAGCAUGCAAUCAGUGAGCGUGCCAUGUGUGAGUGUGACAUAUGUGAGCGUGCAAUAAGUGAGCAUGACAUGUGUGAGCGUGCCAUGUGUGUGCGUGCCAUAUGUGAGCGUGUAAUAAGUGAGCGUGCCAUGUGUGAGCGUGCCAUGUGUGUGCGUACCAUAUGUGAGCGUGCAAUAAGUGAGCAUGCCAUGUGUGAGCGUGACAUAUGUGAGCAUGCAAUAAGUGAGCGUGCCAUGUGUGAGCGUGCCAUGUGUGUGUGUGCCAUAUGUGAGCAUGCCAUGUGUGAGCGUGCCAUGUGUGAGCGUGCCAUAUGUGAGUGUGCAAUAAGUGAGCGUGCCAUGUGUGAGCAUGACAUAUGUGAGCAUGCCAUGUGUGUGCGUGCCAUAUGUGAGCGUGCAAUAAGUGAGCGUGCCAUGUGUGUGCAUACCAUAUGUGAGUGUGCAAUAAGUGAGCAUGCCAUGUGUGAGCGUGCCAUGUGUGUGCGUGCCAUGUGUGAGUGUGCAAUAUGUGAGCGUGCCAUGUGUGUGCGUGCCAUAUGUGAGUGUGCAAUAAGUGAACGUGCCAUAUGUGAGCGUGACAUAUGUGAGCGUGCAAUAAGUGAGCGUGCCAUGUGUGAGCGUGACAUAUGUGAGCGUUCAAUAAGUGAGCGUGCCAUGUAUGAGCGUGACAUAUGUGAGCAUGCAAUAAGUGAGCAUGCCAUGUGUGAGCGUGCCAUGUGUGUGAGUGCCAUAUGUGAGCGUGCAAUAAGUGAGCAUGGCAUGUGUGUGUGUGCCAUGUGUGUGCAUGCCAUAUGUGAGCGUGCAAUAAGUGAGCAUGCCAUGUGUGUGUGUGCCAUGUGUGUGUGCGUGCCAUAUGUGAGCGUGCAAUAA